GGCCGCCAUGAGAGCCCGCUCGCGCGGUCCGAUCCUUCUGUUAGCCCUACUUACAGCUUUCUAUUCAGGAUGGUGUUCCGAAGACGAAGAGCGUUUGGUUCGCGAUCUGUUUCGCGGAUACAACAAGCUCAUAAGACCCGUCCAGAACAUGACACAAAAAGUGGAUGUCCGCUUUGGCCUUGCCUUUGUUCAACUCAUCAAUGUUAAUGAAAAGAACCAGAUUAUGAAAUCUAAUGUAUGGUUGCGAUUGGUUUGGAUGGAUUACCAACUAAUGUGGGACGAGGCUGACUACGGAGGUAUCGGGGUCUUGCGGUUACCACCUGACAAAGUUUGGAAACCAGAUAUCGUUCUAUUUAAUAAUGCUGAUGGUAAUUAUGAAGUUCGAUACAAGUCAAAUGUUUUGAUAUAUCCAAACGGAGAAGUACUUUGGGUUCCUCCCGCUAUUUAUCAGAGUUCUUGCACUAUUGAUGUAACGUAUUUUCCAUUUGAUCAACAAACAUGCAUAAUGAAGUUUGGUUCCUGGACUUUCAAUGGUGAUCAAGUAUCAUUAGCGUUAUACAAUAACAAAAACUUUGUUGAUCUUUCGGACUAUUGGAAGUCAGGUACUUGGGACAUAAUAGAAGUGCCAGCAUAUUUAAAUAUCUACGAAGGAAAUCAUCCAACCGAAACUGACAUUACAUUUUACAUUAUAAUAAGAAGAAAAACCCUUUUUUAUACAGUCAAUUUGAUAUUACCUACUGUUUUGAUCUCGUUCCUUUGCGUCCUUGUAUUUUACUUGCCUGCUGAGGCUGGUGAAAAGGUAACGUUGGGUAUCAGUAUUCUUCUGUCAUUGGUUGUGUUUUUGCUCCUAGUGUCCAAAAUUCUUCCACCGACGUCAUUGGUGCUGCCACUGAUUGCCAAAUAUUUAUUAUUUACAUUCAUUAUGAAUACAGUUAGUAUUCUAGUUACGGUGAUAAUCAUUAAUUGGAACUUCCGAGGCCCUAGAACUCAUAGGAUGCCGUUGUGGAUACGAAGUGUCUUCCUGAACUAUUUGCCAACAAUAUUGAUCAUGCGUCGUCCACGUAAAACUCGUCUUCGCUGGAUGAUGGAAAUGCCUGGAAUGGGUGCUCCGCCUCAUGCAGCUGCUACACAUGACUUACCAAAGCAUAUAAGUGCCAUUGGGGCUAAACAAAGCAAAAUGGAAGCUAUGGAACUAUCGGACCUACAUCACCCAAAUUGCAAAAUUAGCCGUGCAGCUGGUGGGGAGGUUGGAAACCUUGGUGGCCUUGGAGCUCUUGGCGGGCUAGGUUUGGGAGAAAGGAGAGAGUCGGAAAGUUCAGAUUCUUUACUUUUAUCACCCGAGGCGGCGAAGGCAACCGAAGCAGUGGAAUUUAUUGCAGAACAUCUUCGAAACGAGGACCUCUAUAUACAGACUCGAGAGGACUGGAAGUAUGUGGCCAUGGUUAUUGAUAGACUGCAGCUCUACAUAUUCUUCAUUGUAACGACAGCCGGCACAAUCGGCAUUCUGAUGGAUGCUCCACAUAUCUUCGAAUACGUGGAUCAGGAUCGUAUCAUUGAAAUAUACAGAGGAAAAUAAGAUUGCUUUUGUUCAACAAUCCUCAUAAUAAUAUUUUACGCGGUGUUUUAGUAGGGUUACCUGCCUACAAUAUUUUAUAUUCCUAUAGGUACUUACUUAACAAUUGCACAAAAUUGAAGUUAUUACAAAUGAUAUACUACAUAAUGUUAUAUUAGUCUGCUAAUCUUCAUGCUUGUAAGAUACUUAUAAAAUGAUAAUUAUUAGGUAUCAUAACAUACAAAUUAGAAUUAUCUGUCUACUUCGCGGCUUGUGACAAUCUAUCGACUACCUUGUUUGGGGUAGAGAUCCACGGGUAGAACAAAAACAAGGCAACUUAUAGAAUUAAUGAAUGGCUGUGUUCGUUUUAUUGAAACAGAUAACAAUAAUAUUAUCAUGUAUAUACUUACAUACAGUUUCUUAAUUAUGUAUUAUAAUAUAAGCUAUAAGUAUAUAGGUAUCUACAUUGUUAUGUGAAAUGUACUUUUUUACCAGUUGGCAUGAUAUCGUCUUUAUAUGCACUCAACAAUUAUAUUUCAGUGCUGUCAAAUUAUUUACUUAAAUAAUUACUUUAUUUGGUAUUCUGCUGUGCUAGAUAAUUCAUUCAUAUGAUAUUAUGUAGGUAAUGGUAUCUAGGUGGUUAAUGGUUACUUAUUUGCUCAAGAUGUUUUAACUUUUAAGUAGCUGCGAAAUUAUGAGAUUGUUUUAGGUUAAUACAAUAGUUUUAUAUAUGUAAUUAUAUCUCACAAGUAUUAUAAAUAGGUACCUACUAUGUUUCGUGUAGCCUCAAUGUAGGCAGGGCUGCAACCCUUCGAUGAUAAAAUUAUUUAUGGCUCAAAGAAAACUUUUACGAAUCUGUAGGUUACUCAGCUCACAAUUAUAGUUAAAACAAGCCAAAAUUAUACAAUUUUAAUGUAGUACAUUAUAAUAAUAUAUGCUAAAAUUGGUAAUAAACAUUUUAAGAAAGAA